CUCUUAACCCGUACAAGAGCAAUUUAGAUAGAUACGACCCAAAUGUCUGCUCCGGAAUCUAUAAAUGCCACGCCAGAGCCAGGGUCGGCCCCAAGAACGACCCCUAAAGCCCCAAAUUCCAAGAGAAGAGGGCCAAAAAAUGGCAAGAAAACCACCAAACCAAAGCCCAAAAACACCAAAGAAGAGCAAAAGGACCCCACCCAGACGUCCAAGUUCUUACAAUUGUCAAAGCUCGUCAAGAAGUACAAGCCUGUGACUAUCAACGGAAUCCCCACCAAGUCUAUCACCGAGCAGAUCAAGCAACGGGAGGUGGAAAAUGCGGACUACUUCAAGAACCAGUACACUAACAGCGAGAGGCUCUCGUUCGUCCAGAAGUACCUCUUGGAAUACAUGAAGAACCAGCCUGAGGCUGUGAUAUAUUUGUCGUUCGUGAUCCGACCAUCCGAUCCCGAGUUUCCCUUCGACUUGGAGUUAUUGAAGUUGAACUUAAGCAUUCCUGCCAACUACCCCAAGGUGAAGGCCCAGAGGCCGUCAGUGGUGGUGUUGAACGACGAUAUUCCUAGAGGCUUUGCCGUGAACAUCGAAUUGGGGUUCCGCAGAAUCGUGGAUAUAGCCAUGAAUAAGGUCAGCGACGAAGAAAUUGAGUUGGUCGAGGGCGCAGGCUUAAAGUCACAGGUCAUGACCUUGGACAAGUACCUUGAGCUUUUCUUGAAGCAGGAAAAGAGGGAGACCAUCAAGUUUGUUAAGACCAAACCCAAGCCUGUGCUGGCAAAGCAGGAGAAACCACGCGAAAACACCACUGCGAAGGUAGCUACAAAACCCGAGACCAAGUCCUCUCAAGUCCCCAUCGUAGUGUCGCCUGAAACUGCCUCCCUCAGGGCCCAGCUUCUCGAAGAAAUGAACAAUAAGUUGGGCUCCAGUAUCAAACUCUUCAAGAAAUCGGCACUGGAACACAGAUACAAGGUGACUUUGCCAGCAUACGACAAAUCGCUUCCCGAGCUCUGGAAAUUAAAUAAUUCGGUGGACAUCAUGAUGUCGGUGCCCCAUAACUACCCCCAGGCCAAUAUUGGCGUUUCUGUGCCGAAUAAUUUCAACACCAACUUGAUAUUGAAGUACAAGAAGAGCGAGGGCGACCAACAAUUGUUGCUUGAGACUGCACGCCACUACAAGCAGUUAGAGAAGAACUUGGCUGCGAACGUGGCCAGCUUCGUGGCCGAGUCUCCAAGCUUGGUUCAACGGUUGAACUGGAUGGUCAAUAACUUGGCACGAUUCUGUGCGCCAGCAUCGGAGUUCCAGAAAUGGGUGCAGAGCGCAAAUACCAUUCAAGUGUCAGAAAGAUAAUGGGAGAAGAGUGCUAGAAGAGAAAAUUCUUCACCAGAAAGAAGAGAUCAGAUCGGGGAAUGUUCGCAUACAUAGCUUUCCAGUAUAUUUCCAUACCAGCUUUUGAGUGCCUCUAACGGUGUAUUGACACAAUAUCGGUGGACUUCUCUUCUAAAUAGAUCAUGAUACACGGCCAGGGCCCUGGUUGGUUUGCGCCUUCGUCCACCAUUAUGCUGUAAUUAUUCGUAGUGAUUAGUGCUGACGGUAUAGGCCAAAGGAAAGCGAAAUUGCAAGUCUCCAUCCAGUCGAUACUUGUAAACAAUUCUCAUUUUUGGGCAUUUGGCCCUUUGGCCCUGUACUUGAAUAUAAUAAAAACUAAGCAAGUUAGCAGGUGUAUUACUGUGAUUUCACUGAGUUUAGUAAGAAGUGGCAGCUCC